GGCCUGUCUUUGACUGGGCCAGUUUCAUGGGUUUGAAACUUUGGAUUGGACUGAGCCUACUCCACAUGUUUGGAUUUGCUACCACAUGAGCAGUGCUUCCUUGAUGACUAUGGUGCUGUGGCCACAAGCCCAGAGGUCACUCCCUUCGACCCUUUGACCAGUCCCAUGGCAGGUUUGACUGGGUACUGUCCUGGAUCAAUCUCUGGCCGGAACAGAACAGCCAAGCAGCCACCCCCUAACCUUAUGGUAGUAGAGUUUGGAUCUCUUUCCUCGGUUCCUGAUGGUUUGGCAGGGUUUUAUCCUCAACUCGGUGAGGUGAUGAGGGCUAUGCUUGGUAGAGAUUGCAGCGGCCCAAAGAGAAAGGACAAGUAGGGUUGAGCAUUUUUGAGAACAAGUGAGAGCUAUACUUGUUAUGUACUUCAUUUGAAAUGUUUUAAAUACAAUUUUUUAGACUUG